AUGUCAACUUAUUCUCUUUUUUGUCCUUGUUCUUGUCCGAGAUUGGAGCCUGUGGGCGAAGAGGAACCUGUUUCUUCAGAUGCACAAGGCUCUUCUCAAUCCACAGUCAAAGAACAACAUCAAGAAAGGAAUUUGAACCAAGAGCUUUUCCCUCCCAUUCGACAUCACCUUGAUCUCCACAAUAUUUCCACCUCCUUCCCAUCAAAGUCUCCUACCUCAUCGACCCUCAUUUCGCCACCUAUUUCAGGAGCAGAAACGUUUAGUGGGAAUAACACCCCGAUCACAAUUCCAUCACCAUCUCCAUUCCCUUCACCGGUCUCUGCUGUCGCUCCAAAUAAACGACCAGCAGAAGAAGAAGCAGAAGAAAGGCCUGCGAAGAAGAUUAGAUGCGAUUCUCCUGUCGAUCUCGCACAUCAUUUCACAUCGCAGGAUAGAGACGCCGACGACGAGGGCUCAGAUUCUGCUGAUACACCGAGUGGAAGCGAGGAAAAGGAUUCCCCAAUAUCUGCCCCGGCACAUAUUCCAACACGAGUUCCGGGAAAGUGGGACUUCAGUCGUACGGCAAAGGAGGAAGGAUACAUCUACAAUCCCAGAAAAUCCUUGAUCGACCUUACUCCUCGAUCGACGACUGAUGAGACUCACGAGACUGACGAGGCUUACGAGUUUGGCGAUAGUGACGAGGUUGACGAGACCGACGAUAGUGAAUCUGAUUUUGGUUUUACACCAAGCCCUUCUCUAUCUCCGACUACACCUGCAACUACAACCGAUCCUUAG